AUAUGCACACAUACGAGCAAGCCAGGCAGCGACUGAAAGUAAGGAGAAGCAGGGUUUAAGAAAUGAGUUGAAAAGAAGCGUUUUUCACGUUAUUCGACUGAAAAGCUGACAUACAUCGCAUGUGAGAUUUUUUAAACGGCUUUUGAAAAUGUCCCAAAUUGGGGUACAGAUCAUUUUUCUGUUUUUAUACAUCGAAACGGACGUAAUUUUUCCAGUUUUUACUUAAAAAGGGACAGGGAGGCACCAGGAAAACUUUCUGCGCGAGGACUUUCCUAGUCAGGGUUGCCUGGGAAAAGCGAGGCAGUUUUGGCGGAACUUUUCCACUCAAGUUUCCAGCGAAACGUCUUCUGCGGUCGAGCCUGGAGAGACUGCCUGACCGACCCAGGCUUUAAGUGUAUAUACCGUGGGUGGUAGCGUGAAUGCCCUGUGUUGUCCUGCGUUGGCAUUGAGGGAUGCCAGCAUGCCCUCGCUGAUUCUUUCCCAUCUGCUCCUCAUCUGGCUCGCGCUCCAGCGGUUGGCUCUGUGCGCCGAGCGCGCAUCCACUCGCGAGCGCUUCAAAGUGGUCAUCGCGCCUCUCAUCUGCAAACGGACGUGCCUGAAGGGCCAGUGUCAGGACACCUGCGAGCAGGGCAACAAUACGACUCUCAUCGGGGAAAACGGCCAGUCCGCGGAUACACUGACCGCACAUGGCUUCCGAGUCGUGGUGUGUCCUCUCACCUGUAUGAAUGGAGGAGUGUGUAGUACUCGUACACACUGUCUUUGCCCACCAGGCUUCACUGGACGCCUCUGCCAAUACCCUGUUCGAACUCAAGCUUCUCGUGGAAACAAGCAGCCUGUCUACACCCUGCAGGUGAUGCCUGAUUCCCAGGGUUUGUCUGAUCAAGGCGGCACUGGCGGGCGACAGCAACUAGCACAGACUCACUCUGUAUUCACUCUGCCUUUAUCACAAGGUGCUGGGCACCACUCCUCUGAAGUGCAGGUCAAUGUCCGUGUUCUUCAUACACCAGACACUUCAGUUGUCAUUCAUCCUUUCGAACAAUCAGAGAACAAGCCCCACAGUACUAAGGCUGUGACCCGCCUUCCUCCACAGACACAUAAGCCCAAGGGGAGGUGCUUCCAGGAAACCACACCCAAACAAGCUUGUAGUAGUAACCCUCUCCCUGGUCUGACCAAUCAGGAAGACUGCUGUGGCAGUGUGGGUAAUUCAUGGGGCCAAAACAAAUGUUACAAAUGCCCUUUACUACCUUAUGCUGGGAAACACCAGACUAUAGUAGAGGAAUUUGGCUCCACAUGCCCUCAGGGAUACAAGAGGCUCAACAGGACACACUGCCAAGACAUAAAUGAAUGUAUGAUGCAGGGACUGUGUCAGAAUGGAGAAUGUUUAAACACACAAGGAAGUUUCCGAUGUACCUGCAAGCCUGGAUAUGUACUGACAGACAGGACACGCUGCAUCGCAUCAACUGUUGAGCAGGGUCUCUGUUUUCGUAUGGUUACGGAGGCAGGGAAAUGUGAACAUGCUCUUCCAACACGCCUGUCCCAUGAGAUAUGCUGCUGCACUGUGGGUAAAGCAUGGGGCAGCAACUGUGAGAGGUGUCCACAGGAUGGCACAGCUUCCUUCAAUAAGAUCUGUCCAGCAGGGAAAGGGAUGUCUUUCUUGACCUAUCACAGAACUCUGUCCAUUCAGCCCUUCCUGACUAGCAUUGAACACAAUCUCAAACCUGACACUGAGGUCAAGCCUCCGGAAGGCCCCAUUCAGACGACCACGCCCAUGCAGCACUUACCAGUCAGCCCGCACGGUCCUCGCAUCCCAGUCAUUGUGGCCAAGCCAACUCCUCCUCCCAUAUCCUGGGUUCCCCCAGAGACUGACUCACUGGAGGUGGCACAGACGCAGGUCUCACCAAUGGAUGACUGCAAACUGAACAGGAAUAUAUGUGGUCAUGGAGAGUGUGUAAACACACAGAAUGGUUUUGUGUGCCACUGUUAUGCCGGAUAUCGACCACAUGCUCAGAAAAAGAGUUGCGUGGAUGAAAAUGAAUGUGACUCUGAGCCAUGUGGUAGGGGCACCUGCAUUAACACUGUUGGUUCCUACCGAUGCAACUGUCACCCUGGCUAUAAACUUGCAGUGCCUCAUGGGAAACGCAGAUGUAUUGAUGUAAAUGAAUGCUCUAGGCCCGAUAUCUGUGGAGUUGGAGGGCAGUGCACUAAUUUGCAUGGUUCCUAUAAAUGUGAAUGUCUGCCAGGCUUCAGGAGCAAAUCCCGCAGACAGCCUAUCUGUGAAGACAUUAAUGAAUGUUUGGACCCGAAUACCUGUCCUAAUGAACAGUGCGAGAAUACUCUUGGAUCCUAUGAGUGUAUACCCUGCCAACCUGGACACCAAGCACAGGGAGGAAUGUGUCACGAUAUCAAUGAGUGUCAAAAGCGUGGUGUCUGUCUGAAUGGCCGCUGUGAGAAUUUGCGGGGAUCGUAUCGCUGUUUCUGUAAUGAGGGCUUCCUGCCUGAGGCUGACAGCAAAGGCUGCAGAGACAUUAAUGAGUGUCAGGAUAAUCGUCUUUGUGCUAAUGGUCACUGCAUUAACACGGAAGGAUCGUUCCGGUGCCAGUGUUACCCUGGUUUCCAGCCUACACAAGAGGGAAGCCACUGUGAAGAUAUCAACGAGUGUGAACGAGCCUCCAAUUGCCAGCGAGGACGCUGUAUUAACACAAUGGGUUCCUACCGCUGUGAGUGCCAGAAAGGAUAUAUGCUGGUCAGUGGUCGCCGGUGCCAAGACAUAGAUGAGUGCGCUGUGGACAGGAGUCUGUGUCAGCCUCAUGGUGUAUGUGAAAACAGACAGGGUGGAUAUGUGUGUGUAUGCAACGAUGGUUUCAUACUAUCUGAAGACAAACACAGCUGUGAGGAGGUUGAGUUGGACCUGAAUUACAAGAAGGAAUGCUAUCUAAAUCUGGAUGACACAGUGUUCUGUGACAGUGUUCUGGCAACCAAUGUUACAAAGCAGGAAUGCUGCUGUUCUAUUGGUGUGGGAUGGGGUGAUCACUGCGAGAUCUACCCCUGUCCAGUCUACCACUCAGCGGAGUAUCACUCUCUUUGUCCAGUCGGCAGAGGAUUUUACCAUGAGGAGGGAAAGAUAGAAUAUGGAUUAGCAGUACACAGAGACAUUGAUGAGUGUGUCCUGUUCUCUAAUGAGAUCUGUAAGGAGGGACGUUGUAUGAACACACAGCCAGGCUUUGAAUGCUACUGCCAGCAGGGAUUCUACUAUGACAGCAAUCUACUGGAAUGUAUCGAUGUAGAUGAAUGUCAUGAUGAGUCCCUGUGUACAAAUGGACAUUGUGUAAACAUUCGAGGCUCUUUCUACUGUACCUGCAAUCCACCCUGGGUCCCUGACGCUGCUAACAAAAAGUGUGUCUUUCCCACAGUCACAGGUGUGGAUGAGUGUCAGGACCCUGCUAAUUGCAAAAAUGGCCACUGUGUAAACACCCAAGAUUCCUAUUAUUGCAUCUGUACUCCACCCUGGAUUCUGGCAACCGACCGUAAUGGAUGUGUUACACCUGAGGAACAGGCAGUAACGGGUGUGUCUGUGGUGCACCUUUCAGAUGUGAAUGAGUGUGAGGACCCCUCCUACUGUAGGAACGGGAGAUGUGUCAACACUCCCGGCUCCUUCCACUGCAUUUGCAAGCAGCCUCUCACCUUCAGUGCAGCCCUCAAGCAAUGUGUCUAUGAUGACCGCACUGCAGCACAUAAAGAUAUAUGUUUCCAAGAGGUUGAUGAGGAUCUUAUGUGUACUAUGCCUCGGAACGAGUUAACGGUGACCUAUUCUGAGUGCUGCUGUCACUAUGGUCGUGGCUGGGGUCCAGAGUGCCGUACCUGUCCCAAUAGAAAUUCAGUGCUUUUUAACAGGUUGUGUGAGAUGCAUUUGGAUACUGAGUCUGAUGGAGAGGGGGAAUUCUUGGCAGCUUUCUCCAACUACAACCCAGAUGGAGACAGUUCAGAAGAAGACUCAGAUGAGUGUAGCUGUGCUAAUGGUCGGUGUGUGCGAUCCUAUCUGGGUACAAUGUGUGAGUGCAAUCCUGGAUUUGUACUGGAUCACUCACGAACACGCUGUACAGAUAUUGAUGAGUGUGCAGGGCGAAGCUCAGGGCAGAGCCCCUGCAAGAACGCACGCUGUAUUAACACCUUUGGCUCAUUUCAAUGUCACUGUAAACUUGGAUUUGUAGCGGCACGCCGACCUCAUGUUUGUAUACGUGCUAGGUCCCAAUAACGGCACAGCGGCUCAUCCACCCUAUUCUCAAACACUUCCACGCACAAACAGUCUCUUGUGCCCUCACUCUUUUUAUGUACAUACAUAAAAAGUGAUAUGCCACCACUGAUACACAUCAUCAAAUCUAGUGUAACUGCAUUUACAAGCAAUUUCAUGUGUUCACCCUGUCAUUCCCUUGUACGUUAUUUUGGGAAUGUGAGUUAAUCACCAUUAGCUUCUUAAAUACAAAUAUCUUGCUAUUUUGCAUUUAUUAUGACUUUCAUGCGUGUUCCUUCUUCCAUUUAAUCUGUUUGCACCCAUUUGAAAAUGCGUUUGUCAUUGAAAGAGGAAUUGCCUUUGGAUGAAAUGUGUAUUUUAAAUUUUGGUUUUUAUUUUUUGUAAUUAUGUUGCUGCUCUGCAAGUUAUAGGUAACUUUAACAUAGCUCACCAUUUUGUUAAAUCAUUUGUUUUCUCAUCUAUUCCUCUUAUUAUUUUUUUAAGACUUAACUUUGUAAGACUUUAAAGUAAAUCUUUUUUUUUUCCUUUGGUUUGUGCCCAAAGCUCUUAUUCAGACAGUUUGAUACAAACAAUGAUUUGAUUUUUGUGUUAUUUCUUUGUUUGUAUUAUUGUUUUUAUUUGUCUAUUGUUCACCGGUGUUUUGUUCUAUUAAUUUGCUUUGUAUAUUGUUUUUACAUUGUUUUCUUUAUUUGAUAAUGCAACCGUCAUUUUUCUUCAGUUGCACUGAGCAUGUAAGUUAGUGUUCUUCUGAAGAAAUGUUUGCCUUUCUUUGCAUUGCUCCAUAUCUCAUUUAAUUUGCCUCUGUUGCCUGUUUACAAAUGAAGUUAGUCUUUGAAAAAGAUGGCAGUGAUAAUUUUGGUUGACCAAACCAUUUAAAUUGUGCAAAAAUGUUCUAUUUAAAUAGAAUACAAGAAGUUUGUUUUAAAUUUCUUAAAUACAUUUGCCUUCUUGCCGAGACUGUGGGAGACAUGGGGAAAGGCAGAACAGUUUAGACCUAACUAUACAAGCUCCGUACUUUAACAGUAAGAAAGAUGCUAUUUACCAAAGAAAUGAAGAUGAAUUUAUAAACGAGAAGGAAGUCAAACCCUUAAUGUUCAGUGCUAUAUGACUUUGAUUCUCUCUCUGUUUGUUCUUUCUUUUGUUAAUUAUUAUUAUUAUUUUCAAAUCAAGGUUGGGUUAAAACAGGGUGCUUUUGGUAAAUCAUUAGGAAUGAGAUCAAAUUUAAUAAUUUAAUAUAAUUUUUUUAAAAAGAAAUGUUUGCACAUGCUUUGAAAACAGAACAGAGAUUUUAGGUUUUAGCAGCUUCACAGGGAGGGAAACACUGUUUGUCAGUUUGGUUGUCCCUCUUUAUAGACAUUAUAGUCUACCAGUCGAUUAAAAAAAAAGGUUUCAUUUUGUAAAAAUUAAAAAGUAAUUAGUAAUGACUUUAAAAAUAACAUUACAGCCUCAUUCUUUCAUGAACUACCAACUGUGGUAUCACCUGAUCAGACAAUUUGGGUCUCAAAUGGGAUGCAUAAACAUCUGUGUUGUUUCCUUACUACUUACUAAAAGAGAGAACAAAUUAACAGAACUACUUAAGAAGCUAAGCUGAACAAAAUGGUCAGCUCUAUAAUUAAAUCAUGAAGUGCUUGCAAUACAGUAAGGUUGACUUACAGGCUUACAACAGAGAUAAAUUGAAUAUGCUGUACAUAACCAAGUGCCAAACUGAAGGAAAUCUCAAAUGUAUUUGAUGGAACUUGUUUAUAAAAUAAAAUAUACUACACCAUG